AUGGUAUCACCCAUCUCCAUACUGCUCCAUACCACCCGCAGUCCAACGGCUAAGCUGAACAAGGUUGAUUUCCUCAAACGUGGCCCGAAGAAGCUGAUCUAUAGAGAAGGUUCACAUAUGCUGGAGCAUCUGCUCACAUCCCUUUUGGUGUACCGCUCUACUCCAAUCCCAUUCCUGGGUAAACCAACAUCUCCUGCUGAAGCGUACUCUGGAAGACCAGUGCGCAACACAUUGGACCUGCUAAGAAAACCUGAUCCUGUAACACAAGCUGAAAGAAACCGCAAGCAAGAUAUGCAGUUCAAUCGUCGAGAUGAUGCUAUCAAACGCAACUUCCAGGAAGCCGACCUGGUCUACGUUGAGCAAAAUCGCAAAAACGCCAAGUCGCGGGUUCUCCUGGCCGAAUCAUAG